AUUUACUCUCCAUCCAAACCAACUUCCCUUUCUCUCGCCCGCCAAACUCCUGUCCUUGGGCCGAAACUCGACAAUUCUUGACCACGAUGAAAGAUCUACCGGGAGACGAUGACGCACAGCUCGCAGCCCUGGGCCACAAGGCUGAAUUGAAUCGGAACUUUUCGAUGCUGUCGAUGUUAGGCUUAGCCUUUGCCAUUCUGAACUCAUGGACUGCUCUCUCUGCAAGUUUAUCCAUCAGUCUGCCGUCGGGCGGGAGCGCAAGCGUGGUAUGGGGAUUGGUCACGGCGGGUAUCUGCAACCUUUGCAUGGCGGCUUCUUUGGCAGAGUUCUUGUCGGCAUAUCCUACGGCGGGUGGACAAUAUCACUGGGUGGCAGGUAUUGCUCCUGAGAGAUACAUGCCUGUUCUCUCGUGGAUUACGGGCUGGGCAAACGUCUCUGGAUGGGUUGCGCUGGCUGCUACUGGCGGAUCCCUGGGCAGUGAAUUGGUUUUGGGCGUCAUCUCCUUGAUGCAUCCGACCUAUGAAUCACAACGGUGGCAUCAGUUUCUCGUCUACAUCGGCUUCUGCCUCGUCGCGUUCUUGAUCAAUGCCUUCAUGAACUCUAUCCUGCCACGAUUGACUAAGGGUGCCUUCAUCUGGUCACUCAUGGGCUUUGCUGUCAUCUGCAUCACUGUCCUAGCCUGCGCGUCGCCCAACUAUCACUCUGGAGAGUUCGUCUUUGGCGACUUCAUCAACGAGACAGGCUGGCCCGAUGGUCUCGCUUGGCUGCUGGGGCUCCUCCAAGGAGGUUUUGGACUCACUGGAUUUGAUGGAGUUGCGCACAUGAUUGAGGAGAUUCCGAACCCCUCUGUAGUAGGUCCGAAGAUUAUGAUCGGUUGUGUCGCCAUCGGCACUUUCACUGGUACUAUCUUUUUGAUUGUACUGCUCUUCGUUGCCGGGGACAUCAACAACGUUAUUAGCUCGGCGGCUACCCCCCUUCUUCAGAUUUUCUAUGACGCCACGAAAAGCAAUGCUGGAUCUAUCUGUCUUUUGAUUUUCCCUCUGGUCUGUGUCCUCUUUGCCGCUGUGACCAUCACGACGACAAGCAGCCGCAUGGUUUAUGCAUUCGCAAGAGACGGCGGUCUCCCAGCUUCGCCCUUCUUCAGCAAAGUUCAUCCGAGACUACAGUUGCCUUUGAACGCUUUGUACCUGACCAGCUUCUUCUGCAUUGUCUUUGGAUGUAUCUUCCUCGGUUCUUCCAGUGCAUUCAACGCGAUCUUGUCUUCAUCUGUUAUUCUGCUCGACAUUGCAUAUGCCAUUCCGAUCGCCGUAAAUUGCGCUCGGGGCCGGAGGAUGCUGCCUGAAAGACCUUUUGUUCUGCCCAACCUUUUCGGCUGGAUUGCCAACAUAAUCUCUCUGGCCUACAUCACGAUGACCACUGUCCUCUUUGUCUUCCCUCCUGAUCGUCCCGUGACCGGCAGCAACAUGAACUAUUGUAUCGUUGUCGUGGGCGUAGUCACGAUCCUGUCAGUCGUUCAAUGGGUUGUUGACGGUCGUAAGAACUUCUCCGGACCUCGGAUGGAUGUGGCUGUGAUAUCGGGACAGGUUGCCACUGGUGGCGAACCUGCUGAGUAUGCCGUGGAACAUGGCAUACCCCAUGAUAAAUGA